AAAAUAAAAAAAAGAGAAAAACUCUGCAACUUCCAGACUUUGAGAAAAUAAGAUAAAACCUAAUAGCCCCUAAUAAAAUAAAACCAUUUAGACCUAGAAAGUUCUUUCUCUGCAGUUCCUAAAUCAAUCUGACAUUAAAAGACCAUAAAUAUAAAUAUAAAUCCUUUUUUUUAUUUUUUUAUUAGCAUCAGUAUGUUUUUCUUUUUUCUUCAAUCAAAGGGGUCACUGUGUCAGAUAAUUGAUGAUGUGUCAGGUGGGGAAAGCAAAUAAUUAAAUUUAACUGAUGAGGUUUUCAGGUUAAGUAUAAGAGUUUUGAUGAGAUUGAUGAAGAAAAGGAAUGGUGGAGGAUCCCCUUUAUCUCAGAACUUCUACGGAAAAAUGGUUUUGAGUCUGCACUAAAAAUGUUUGCUGGUUCUGAGAGUGUGCCAGCACGUCAGUUUGUAGAAUAUGCUUUUGGGCAGCUAAAGUCAUUCAAUGAUACAUACCUUUGGAAAGAUGGAUUGUUGAAUGGCAAUAAAAAUGGUGUGGAAGGGAGUGGAGCACCCAAAGACCCUCCUGUUGCCACAAAUAUACCUCCAAAAAUAGAGAGUACUUUAGAACAGCCUUCGAGUGACCCAGAUUUCAACAAUGAGAAAAUUUUGGAGGAGUUUCACUUGGACAAUGCUCAGUCAGACAAACACUUCUGGAGGGACUUUGCUUAUGCUGUCAAUCAAAAUGUUGUUCAGAAACUUGGUAUUACUGUUCCAGAGAAGCUUAAAUGGGAUGGAUUUGAUGUGUUAAACAAAAUUGGCUUACAGUCCCAAAAGAUUGCUGAAGCAGGCUAUAUUGAAUCAGGGCUAGCUACUCGAGAAGGGCAAGAUGUUGAUAAUGAUAAAGCAAGUGGUUCACUUACCAUUAAAGCUAUUCAGUCUUCACUUCCAGAUAUAAAGAAGGCAAAACAAGAUUUGUUAAGGCAAACUGAGUCUGUUUUAGGAGCAUUAAUGGUUUUGACUGCAGCAGUCUCUCAGUUAAACAAAGAAGGACGUAAGAAUGGAUCCAAAGAAGACUCUUCUACCAAAAUUGAAAGUUCAAUCUCUAAGUAUAUGGGGAAUGAGAAGCUUCCUAGCUCAGUGGAUAGUUCAGUAUCUGAGGAGAAAAAGACUGAAGAGAUGAAGGCACUCUUUUCAACUGCAGAAAGUGCCAUGGAGGCUUGGGCAAUGCUUGCUACUUCACUUGGCCAUCCUAGUUUUAUUAAGUCCGAAUUUGAGAAAAUAUGUUUUCUAGAUAAUGCAACCACAGAUACACAGGUUGCAAUUUGGCGUGAUUUGCCAAGGAGGCGAUUAGUUGUUGCCUUCAGGGGUACCGAACAAGCAAGAUGGAAGGACUUGCGGACUGAUUUGAUGUUGGUUCCUGCUGGGCUAAACCCUGAAAGGAUUGGUGGAGACUUCAAGCAAGAAGUCCAAGUUCAUGGUGGAUUUUUAAGUGCAUAUGAUUCAGUUCGAAUAAGGAUUAUCUCCCUCGUCAAGCUGGCAAUUGGUUAUAUAGAUGAAAUUGCAGAACCUUUGCACAAAUGGCAUGUUUAUGUAACCGGUCACAGUUUAGGUGGUGCACUUGCCACCCUUCUUGCCCUUGAACUUUCUUCAAGUCAAUUAGCCAAGCGUCAAUUGAUUUCGAUAACCAUGUAUAAUUUUGGCUCUCCGAGGGUUGGCAACAAAAGAUUUGUGGAAGUUUAUAAUGAGAAAGUUAAAGAUAGCUGGAGAGUUGUUAACCACAGAGACAUCAUACCAACUGUCCCUAGGUUAAUGGGUUACUGCCAUGUGGCACAGCCUAUCUAUCUAGCUGCUGGAGGAUUAAGAGAUGCAUUGGAAACUAUGGAGGUCUGGAAGGAUGGUUAUCAGGGUGAUGUGAUUGGAGAGUACACACCAGACGUUCUUGUUGGUGAAUUUAUGAAAGGUGAGAAGGAACUUAUUGAAAAGAUACUGCAAACUGAAAUAAAUAUUUUCCGUGCAAUUCGAGAUGGAAGUGCCCUUAUGCAGCAUAUGGAGGACUUCUAUUACAUCUCAUUGCUAGAGAACGUGAGAUUUAACUACCAAACUGUUGCAAGCUCAGAAACUGGAGAACAAGGUAACAUUUCAAUCAGCUAACACAAAUAAACCAGCUCCCAAGGAAUGUUAGCAUCUGAUAUAUAGCAGCCAAGGCUGACAUACAUCCCUUAUGGUAAGCAUCUGAGGCCUCUUAUCAGGCAAUCAGGCAUUGUGCUGGUGAUCAAGCUUAUGUACCUGUACAAUCCUUAAUUUUUCUCUAAACUUUAUAUAGUGAAACUUCAUUGGAUACAAUGAAGGAGUCUAAAAUCUCCAGUUUCUUUACGGAUUUGAGCUAUAAAUUUUUUGCAUUUUGUUUAGCUGCUCUGUAUUUAACUGUCACAUUACUUUUUGAAUGUGGUCAUGGAUCAUUUUCUUAAUCCUCUGUUAUCCUACUUUUUGAAUGUGGCUUUGAUUUGACUCAAAAUCACUUAAUCAAGUGAACUCCUUAAA